AUGGCGGACAGCACCAGCACCAGCACCAGCCUCCCCAAAGUCGCGGGCAAAUCUACCAAAGAGGUCAAAAUUCUGCUCGUCAAUCCGAAUGGCACCAAGUUCAUGACAGAGAACUGCCUCCAAUCACUUGCAAACACUUUGCCGGUCAACGUCACUGUCACUGGCUUCACUUCACCUCGUCCGGCCCCCUCAGCCAUCGAGGGAUACCUGGACGCGGCCAUCUCGACCGACGCGGCCACACGAGCCAUCGUACCAAUUGCUCACCAGUUCGAUGCAUUUCUCGUGGCGUGCUUCAGUGCCCAUCCGCUGAUCGACGCCUUGCGCGAGGAGGUACCAGGUCCCGUGAUUGGCAUCAUGGAGGCUUCAUUGUACACAGCCCGAAUGCUCGGUGGACGUUUCGGAGUGGUGGCCAACAAUGUGAAGAGCCAGCGAAUGCAGGAGAAUGCCGUGCGGUCAUACGGCUUGGAUUUCUUCUCGGUUGGCUGCGAAUCCGUCGGACUGAGCGUGCUGGAGCUGGAGUCACGACCACAGAGCGAGGUCCUGCAAGGCAUGGGUCAAGCGGCGAGUCGGCUGAAGGAAAAGGGAGCCGAUUGUGUGCUGUUGGGAUGUGCUGGCAUGACGGAAAUGAAAGCCAGAUGUGAAAGCGAUGUUGGUGACGACGUGGCUGUUAUUGAUGGAGUGACGAUUGGGGUUCACCUGCUCGUAGGCAUGGUGCGAGAGGGACUGAAGACGCCCAGGGCAGGUCUAUACAGAGGUUCGAGGGAGGCAAGAGCAGCACGCGGACAGGAUUGGAUGUAA